AGCCAAACCUCCCCUCACCUGUGGGAGCUAUAAAGGAGGCUGGGACAAAGUCACAUCUGGAUUGUGCUCAGCUGAUGGAAGGUGAGCUCACAAGAUAACUCAACUCACAAAGAGGGAAAUCACCAUCCACAAAGUCGACGUACAUUUGAGAGGUGAGGAUGACAUCCACGGCAGACCGACUGGCUCAUCAGAAGGAGAGGGAAGAAGGCAUUGGCACUAACCAGAAUGCAGUGAAGUUCGCCAAACAGGAUUAUGUCACCCUGCGCCAGCAGUGUCUGGAGCGUGGACGUCUGUUUGAGGACAACUGCUUUCCAGCUGAGUCCAAAUCACUGGGCUUCAAAGAGCUGGGACCAUACUCAUCCAAAACCAGGAACGUUGUUUGGAAAAGGCCAACGGAGCUGUGCUCCAACCCAAAGUUCAUUGAUGAUGGGGCAACGAGGACAGACAUUUGUCAAGGAGCUCUGGGGGACUGCUGGCUCCUGGCUGCAAUCGCCUCUCUGACUCUUGACCAGCGGAUCCUGGCUCGCGUGGUGCCCCAUGGACAGAGUUUCACCGAGGGUUAUGCCGGGAUAUUUCACUUCCAGUUCUGGCAGUUUGGUGAGUGGGUGGACGUGGUGGUCGAUGACCGUUUACCCACCAGAGAUGGAAAGCUUCUGUUUGUCCAUUCAGCGGAGGGCUCAGAGUUUUGGAGCGCCCUGCUGGAGAAGGCCUACUCCAAGGUGCAUGGCUGCUAUGAGGCACUGUCAGGAGGAAACACUAUUGAAGGUUUUGAGGACUUCACAGGAGGGAUUGCAGAAGUAUAUCCCUUAGACGAAGCUCCAACGAAGCUCUUCCACAUCAUGCAGAGGGCCCUGAGCCUGGGCUCACUGCUGGGUUGCUCUAUAGACAUCACCAAUGCCUAUGAGACAGAGGCCAUUACAGCUCUCAAACUUGUCAAGGGACAUGCAUACUCAGUCACUGGAGCAGAGGAGGUUUGUUUCGGAGGCAGGCCGGUUCAGCUGGUCCGCAUGAGGAACCCAUGGGGUCAGGUGGAGUGGACUGGGCCUUGGAGUGAUGGAUCCAGUGAAUGGAAGCACGUCGAUGAAGAUGAGAAAGCAAAGUUGAAUCAUGUGGCUGACGAUGGGGAGUUCUGGAUGUCCUAUUCCGACUUCAUCAAGCAGUUCUCCACGCUGGAGAUCUGUAACUUGACCCCAGACACGCUCAUGAGUGAUGAUGUGGGCCACUGGAACAACUACCAGUUUGAAGGGAUGUGGAGGGUGGGAUCCACGGCUGGCGGCUGCCGCAACUUCCAAGCCACGUUCUCGUCCAACCCUCAGUUUGUGGUGCGUCUGGAGGAUGUCGACGAUGAUCCUCUGGAUGGGGAGGAUGGGUGCACCUUCCUGGUGGGGCUGAUGCAAAAGGAUGGACGACGGCAGAAGAGGCUUGACCGCAACCUUGAAACCAUUGGUUUUGCCAUUUAUGAGAUCCCAGACCAGUACAAAGGCUGCAGUAAUGUUCACCUCGGUCCGGACGUCCUGCUGCGACAGAGAGCUGUGGCUAGGAGCAGCAGCUUCAUCAACACGCGGGAAGUGUGCGACCGCUUCAAACUUCCUCCAGGAGAAUAUGCAAUAGUUCCCUCGACCUUCCAGCCUCACAAGAAGGGCAGCUUUGUUCUCAGGGUGUUCUCAGAGAAAAAGGCUGCAACCAGUCCACUUGAGGUGGACAUCAAUGCUCAAAUAGAAGAGGAGGAAGUAUCUGAGAAUGAUGUGGAUCCUGAUUUCAAGAAGCUCUUCAAGCAGAUUGCUGGCAAUGACAUGGAGGUAUCGGUCUUUGAACUGGUUACAAUUUUGAACAACGUUGUCUCUCAUCGGUCUGAUAUCAAGACAGACGGCUUCAGCCUUGAGACAGGUCGGCUUAUUGUCAGUCUGCUGGAUAAAGAUGAAAGUGCCAUGUUGGGAUUGCUGGAGUUUCACUUGCUGUGGCGCAAAAUCCAGAAGUACCUGGAGAUCUUCAAGACUUUUGACACAGACAACUCUGGCACCAUGAGCUCCCACGAGAUGAGAGGCGCAGCUGCAGAAGCAGGUUUCCAGGUCAACAAUGCUGUGUUGCAGUCCAUCGUGAAUCGCUAUGCCGAUGCUCAGUACGCCAUAGACUUUGACAACUUUGUUGGCUGUCUCAUUAAACUGGAAAUGCUCUUCAAAAUAUUUAAGGCUCUGGAUAGAGCUGACAAAGGGAAGAUGGAGCUGGAUAUACAGCAGUGGCUGUGCCUGGCGAUCUACUGACUCUGGAGACAUGACAAGGAAGAACCCUUUCUUGAUGACUGCAGGAUGAUUAUUGUUAUUUUCACAAAUUAAUUUUAAAACUUUGUAAAAGACCUUUCAUAGUCAUAUGUUCCUAAUGCUCAAAAAAGUAUGUAUUUAUACAUUUAAAUUAUAUUACAUGGAGAGAAGUAACAUAUGUGUUAUUACAUUUUUUCAUAGAGCUUCUCUCUUAAAUUGGAUUGUGCAGGUAUUUCAUUGCCAAAACGUCUGUGAAAUAAAAGAAAAUAAAGAACCUAUGAAACUAUGA